AUGCCUCCACGAAUACCUGCCCCACAACGCCUGAAUGGCGUGAGCUUAUGCUUCCGACCAGCUCAAUCAUCAACAGCCCAUAUUCCAACAGCCAAUGCCUCAACCUUCGCCCAAAGAAAAGCCCAUAAAGACCCCUACGCACUCGCUCAAUCGGCCCAACGGAAGACAGUCAACCUAGCCCGCCAAAAGAUCCUGCAAGAAGAGCGCAAAAAAGCCCUGGGCGAUCCCGUCCGCGGCAUCACAACCCCCUUCAUCGAGUCCUUCGACAACGUAUCCGGAUCCGCCUCCGUCCUCCUGGACGCCCUCCCCAGCGACGGCACGCAACAGCGCGUGCAAGUCAAGUCAGGGGAUGACGUCUACUUGAACCAUUUCGUGACAGCCUCCGAGCUGACCGACAGUCUGGCGCACAGCUAUGAGCUUACGGAACCCACGAGGGCCAAGGUGACGGCGUUCAGAGACCCGGCGGUAGAAUCUGCGGAUAAGAAGGUGCACGACGAGGGACACGAACGUGCUGUUACGGCGCUGGCACGGAUAGUGAGUCUCGCCAACGCAGGGCAGGCCGAUAAAACACGCGCGAAUAUCCAGCGCUGCGUCGAGACAUUCGGACGCCAUACCACGGACUCGACGCUACGACCUCGUGCUCCCAUAAACCCAGAGAUUCUUGACGGCAAGGAACUACCCAAGAAGACGCCGAGGGCAGGGCCGGAUACAGGGAGUUCGGAGGUGCAGAUUGCGAUUCUGACGGCUAAGAUUAGGGUCCUUGCCACUCAGUUGGAGAAGAAGGGGGGCAAUAAGGAUAAGAUUAACAAGCGGAAUUUGAGGGUAAUGGUGCACAAGAGGCAAAAGCUGUUGAGGUAUUUGAGGACCAAGGAGAGGGGGAGUGAUAGGUGGGAGAAUUUGGUGGGGACGUUGGGGUUGACGGAGGGGACAUGGCAGGGAGAGAUUAGUCUGUAG